UUUUCAAAGAUGGCGCCGGCCGUGGAGUUAACUUUAUCUUGUUUUUCAAACCCUUUUAGAGUCGUAAAAGCCUAUUUAUUGAUUAUUUUAGCAACUUUAUUAACAGAAUGUGCUUACGGGAAUAUGGAUGAUUUUAAGUAUGUUACUUGUGGAAGUGUUGUAAAGCUUUUAAAUGUUCAGCAUAAUGUUAGAUUACAUUCUCACGAAGUGAAAUACGGAUCUGGAAGCGGUCAACAGUCUGUUACAGGUGUUGAUGUACCUGAUGAUGGCAACAGUUACUGGGUAAUCAAAGGACGAGUAGAAGCACCUUGCAAAAGAGGGUCACCAAUUAAAUGUGGGGCAACAGUAAGAAUACAGCACUUGGCAACCAAACGUAACCUUCAUAGUCAUCACUUUCAAUCACCGAUAUCACAUAAUCAAGAAGUGAGYGCAUUUGGUGAGGAUGGRGCUGGAGAUAGUUUAGAUGAGUGGUCUGUUGUGUGUUCGACAAAACACUGGCAAAGGAAGGAUACUGUSAGGUUCAAACACAAGGAAACUAAAGUAUAUCUUCAUGUAACUGGGGAUCAGUUUGGUAGACCUAUUCAUGGACAAAGGGAGGUCAGUGGUUAUAGUUACCCUGAGCUUGGCAAUGAAUGGAAAACAAUGGAGGGGAUUUACAUCAAGCCAGAUUCAGAAGUAUAAACAAGCUUUUUUAUUCACGUUAUUAAAUUAAGAAUGGAUGCAGCAAACUUGAAAACAAAACUCCAAUAGACAUUAUUAGAAAUAGUACAAGUUUUGUUUGAAAGGGAAAAGAACAAUUUAUAUAUACAUGUAUAUUGUCUAAUGGUUUGUCAGUCGCACUGUACAAGUUUGUUAGCCUGGUUUUCAGUUAACCGUGAAGGGUUAACUGAACUAAAAGUUCGACAUUUCUUCUAUUAAUGAAUCUAUUCUCCUUUCUUUGUCAAUAUAACGUAAAAACUAAAAAGUCCUUAUUCUUACCUCAGUCACAUAAAAAACUCUGUGUUCUAAAUAAAUUCCUUGUAGCCUUCUUAUGUUGCACAUCAACUAUUAAAUAUAAUUACUAUUAUUGUAUAAUA